AUGUCGAUCGUUUCAAUCGCUUCCCUCAUUGACCUUGGAAGAGAUCUUUGGGCUUUGCCCACAAGCCCAGAAUCAAGGCCACUAUUCAGGAAUGGGGCUGAAUGUUGUGUCAGCCUUACUGAAAGGGCGAGAUCUCGGUCCACAGAUCCAGAGAUUAGCAGCUGGCCAAAUGUUCGCGCUGCGCAAGAUCGUCACACUCAUCAGCACGGUAGUAUACCCACUAGAUGGCGAAUGAACAUUGAUGACUAUCAAAAGACGCUUCGCCGAGCAAUUCAGACGAAUCCAGUCCUCGAUCAAUCACUCACUUUGAAACUAGACGAUUGGGCACAGCUAGAAGGCGAGCUAUUGGACCUUGAAACAUGGUUUCAGUCAACUACCACCAAACUUGAAGAGCAAGACCGAAUCAUUGAGACCGGACUAAUAUUGAAAGACUUUAUUGGCGGGGCAUACACUGAUGACAACGGAGAAGUGACCCCAAAAAUCCAGAGGAAAAGGAGACCAGCAAACACCAAGGAAGCGACUUUGAGCAACGGCAUCACACUUUAUGGGGACAAAGCCACUACGGAUAGACUGGCUAACACGCUUUUACGCUACAACGUCUGGUCAAAGCCAGAAGUUGUCGACGUCCCACCUGAAAGAUGCAUGAGGAUACCCAUGCUCGACGGCUGGGAGAAGCGAGUUAAACGGAAAAGAGUCUACCCAACCGGUGUCAAAGAAAAGGAGCUCAUUGACAAAGUCUUUAACGGUCUCCAGGCUGAGGGGAAGCUUGAAUGA